AUGAACAAAAUUCUUAUUGCUAUCGUCAUCCUUGGUGUAUGCACUGCUGCCAACAUUAAAUGUACUGCUGAACAAAAGAAGGCUGAAUUCUGUACCAUGGAAUACAUGCCUGUAUGCGGUGUCAAGAUUAAUUCUAACAAUAGAUUCUCAUAAACUGUUGCUACUUAUGGAAACAAGUGCAGUGCUUGUGCUGAUAAGGAUGUUGAAUUCUAUAUUACUGGAGAAUGUGAACAAUACCCCAAGGAAGCUACUUUCUGUCAUCCUGAUGCUCACUUGAACAAGGCUUGCACCAGAGAAUACUUCCCUGUUUGUGGUUUAUUUGACUAAUCCAUCUAAUGUUUCCGUUUCCCUUGUGGUAUGAAUUAUUCUAACAAGUGCUCUGCCUGCAUUAAUGAACAUGUUGCUUACCUUGUUCCUGGCAACUGUGAAGAAAUGAAGUUACCUUCUGGCAACAACUCAGAAUGA